CUUGCAUGCCUUGCAAGACAAAGAGAGCCUCUUCCUUCCACCCCUUACUCUAUUUCCAAAAUAAACUUUGUUUUGCCUUAUAAACAAAACCUCAAUCUUUGGAGGUUGGGUUUUGGACACAAACAAAACAAACACACACACACACCCAUCCACUUCUUUUACUUCCCCUCCUCCCAGUUAAUCCUUAACAAUGAGUGUUGAACCCCAGAAUUCUGAGACCGAGUGCAGCUCAAACUCAUCUCCACCAACGUCACCAUCAUCAUCCUAUCCCCCUUCAACACGUGCUGAUCUCAAAAACCCUGUUGACCCAGAAUCCAAAAAGAUAAGACGCAUUCGAGACUCCAACAAGCACGCUCUGUAUCGUGGGGUUCGUAUGCGAAACUGGGGCAAAUGGGUGUCAGAAAUUCGGGAACCACGCAAGAAAUCACGCAUAUGGUUAGGCACAUUCCCAACACCAGAAAUGGCAGCGAGAGCACACGAUGUAGCUGCUCUGAGCAUCAAGGGUGACUCUGCCAUUCUCAACUUCCCUGAGCUUUCAAACUUGCUGCCACGCCCUGCAUCACUUGCUCCACGUGAUGUCCAAGCUGCGGCAGCAAAAGCUGCUCGCAUGGACAAGUUCGACUUGCUUCCAUCUUCAACAACAUAUUCUAAUGCUUCCGAUGAACUGUGUGAGAUAAUAGAGCUUCCCAGGUUGGAAAACAGUGAUGAGACUCUGGAACUUGAAAAGGAGUUUGUGUUCAUGGACUCGUUAGAUGGCUGGAUGUAUCAGCCACCGUGGUUGCAGAGCAUGGAAGAACUUGGAGUCCCAGAGAGUGAGGUUCUAACUAGUUUUGAGAGUUUGAUGUGGAAUAAUUACUAAAGUGCUUAAUAUCUUCUUCUGCUUUUCUGUGAAUGUCUGUCAUGUGUUUAUAAAUGUCUCUUUUUUUUUUUUUUCUCAUUUUCUUACUUUUGGUGUGUGUAAGCUAAAGCAG